UAGAGACAGAUCCAAACUAACCUAACCUAACUGUUGUAAGUUGUAAUUGUAAAAGUUGUUAUUUCUUCGUGGAGAGUGUCGUGGAGAUAUUAUCAAAGACUUGUUAUCUGUGAUAUUAUCUUUUUAGUCGGGGAAAAAAAGACAAGCUACAUGCUAUCGUGCACAGUAAAGAUAAUACAAUAUAAACUGUUCUUGAUUUGUACUUGUACAUAUUUAUUUUCACAAUUAAGAAGUGUUGAAGUCAGAAAUGGAAACAUACCCAAAAAUUUUCCUAGAUGAAAAUCAUGACAGAGUAAAGAUGGAAAUGGGAGAAGAUGAUGAUAGCUAUGAAAAAGGAAACUCAUAUGACUUGGAUUUUCAGUACACAACUGAUGGGGGGCAUAUUGAGGAUAAAAAGACUGAAAUCAUGGAUAUUGUUCAUCAUUUCACUGAUGAGAAUGGAAUAAGAUUGUCUUUCAAAUAUGAAACAGGUGACUUUGCUUUCAACCAAAAAAGCAAUCUCGAAGUGCAUAUGGAUACUGUUCAUUUGAAUGAAAGAGAACAUAAAUGUCACUUAUGUGAGUAUGCUGCAAGCAGGAAAGAAAUCCUACAAAUUCAUAUAGAUGCUGUCCAUUUGAAGAUGAAAGAAUUCGAAUGUAACUUAUGUGAGUAUACCGCAAGCAAGAAAGAAACCCUUCAAAAUCAUAUGGAUGCUGUCCAUUUGAAUAAAAGAGAACAUAAAUGUCACUUAUGUGAUUAUGCAGCCAACCGAAAAGUUCACCUCAAAGAGCAUAUAGAUUCCGUCCAUUUGAACAUAAAAGAAUUUAAAUGUCACCUAUGUGGGUAUGCUGCAAGCAAGAAAGACAACCUUCAAAAUCAUAUAGAUGCUGUCCAUUUGAAUGAAAGAAAACAUAAAUGUCACUUAUGUGAGUUUGCUACCAAUCAGAAAAAUAACCUCAAAAAGCAUAUAGAUUCUGUCCAUUUGAAUAAAAAAGAACAUAAAUGUCACUUAUGUGAUUAUGCAGCCAACAGGAAAGUUUACCUCAAAAUUCAUAUGGAUUCUGUACAUUUGAAUAAAAAAGAACAUAAAUGUCACUUAUGUGAGUAUGCUGCAAGCAGGAAAGAAACCCUACAAAUUCAUAUAGAUGCUGUCCAUUUGAAUAAAAGAGAACAUAAAUGUCACUUAUGUGAUUAUGCAGCCAACCGAGAAGGUCACCUCAAAAAGCAUAUAGGUUCCGUCCAUUUGAACAUAAAAAAAUUUAAAUGUCACCAAUGUGGGUAUGCUGCAAGCAAGAAAGAAACCCUUCAAAAUCAUAUAGAUGCUGUCCAUUUGAAUAAAAGAAAACAUAAAUGUCACUUAUGUGAGUUUGCAACCAAUCAGAAAAAUAACCUCAAAAAGCAUAUAGAUUCUGUCCAUUUGAAUAAAAAAAAACAUAAAUGCCACUUAUGUGAUUAUGCAGCCAACCGGAAAGUUAACCUCAAAAUUCAUAUGGAUUCUGUCCAUUUGAAUGAAAGAAAACAUAAAUGUCACUUAUGUGAGUUUGCUACCAAUCAGAAGAAUAACCUCAAACAGCAUAUAGAUUCUGUCCAUUUGAAUAAAAAAGAACAUAAAUGUCACUUAUGUGAUUAUGCAGCCAACCAGAAAGUUCAUCUCAAAAUUCAUAUGGAUUCUGUCCAUUUGAAUAAAAAAGAACAUAAAUGUCACUUAUGUAAUUAUGCAGCCAACCGGAAAGUUCAACUCAAAAUUCAUAUGGAUUCUGUACAUUUGAAUAAAAAAGAACAUAAAUGUUACUUAUGUGAGUAUGCUGCAAGCAGGAAAGAAAUCCUACAAAUUCAUAUAGAUGCUGUCCAUUUGAAUAAAAGAAAACAUAAAUGUCACUUAUGUGAGUAUGCAGUCAAUCAGCAACAUAACCUCAAAAGGCAUAUAGAUACUGUCCAUUUGAAAAAAAAAGAACAUAAAUGUCACUUAUGUGAGUAUGCAGUCAAUCAGAAACAUAACCUGAAAAGGCAUAUAGAUUCUGUCCAUUUGAACAUAAAAGUUUGCUGCAAGCAAGAAAACUAACCUCAAAAUUCAUAUAGAUUCUGUCCAUUUGAAUAAAAAAGAACAUAAAUGUUACUUAUGUGAUUAUGCAGCCAACUAGAAAGUUCAUCUUAAAAUUCAUAUGGAUUCUGUCCAUUUGAAUGAAAA